AGAGAGAGAGAGAGAGAGAGAGAGAGAGAAAACUCUUUCGUCACUGAACAAAUCAAUCUCUUCUUCCCUCCCAUCCCCAAUUUGAGGAUUCGACCCACACACUUUUUCCCGUUAAUUCUUUCAUUUUUUUCUCUUCUCCAAUGCGAUCUCUCAGCUGAAAUUCCACCUCGGCUUCUACCAAAUUCCCCAUUUCGCUGAAGAAUUUCUCGGGUGCUGCGAAUUUCUGAAAAUCGAGGUUUUCUCAAGGGUGUAGCUUUCAUGUUAGCAAGUCAAUCCAUCCAUGAUGUAAGCAAGCCCUUUGCUUGCACAGUGGAGGAAAGUUUCAAAACUUUCUCAUCAUAAUUCUUUCGACCUUAAAAAAACAUUUAAAAAAUGGCCGGUGGUAGAAUAAGGGCAAGAAUCCGCCGUAGCCAUCUCUACACAUUCGCAUGUUACAGAUCACCAACCACCCAAGAGGACGGCCCGCACGAUUUCCAAGGGCCCGGUUUCUCAAGAAUAGUGUACUGCAACCAGCCACAAAUGCACGAGCAAAAGCCCCUCAAAUACUGCACAAAUUACAUCUCCACCACAAAGUAUAACGUGAUCACCUUUCUCCCAAAGGCCAUAUUUGAACAAUUCAGACGUGUGGCCAACUUGUACUUUCUUUUAGCUGCAGUACUAUCUCUAACGCCCGUUUCGCCCUUCUCCCCCGUGAGUAUGAUCGCACCCCUCGUUUUUGUCGUCGGUUUAAGUAUGGCGAAAGAAGCUCUAGAAGAUUGGCGUAGGUUCAUACAGGACAUGAAGGUCAAUUUACGAAAAGCCAACGUGCACAAAAAAGAUGGUGUAUUUGCUCUCAAGCCGUGGAUGAAGCUUCAUGUGGGGGAUAUAGUGAAGGUGGAGAAGGAUAAAUUCUUCCCCGCCGAUUUGCUUCUCUUAUCUUCGAGCUAUGAAGAUGGAAUUUGUUACGUCGAAACUAUGAACUUAGAUGGGGAGACUAAUCUGAAGGUGAAGCGAUCUUUAGAGACUACUUUGCCCCUUGAAGACGAUCAAACUUUCAAGGACUUUUCCGCAACUAUAAGAUGCGAAGAUCCGAACCCGAAUCUCUACACUUUCGUGGGCAACUUCGAAUUCGACCGCCAGGUGUUCCCUCUCGAUCCUAGUCAGAUUCUCCUCCGUGAUUCGAAGCUUCGAAACACUGCCUUUGUUUAUGGAGUUGUGAUAUUCACCGGCCAUGAUAGUAAAGUGAUGCAGAACGCUACAAAAUCUCCUUCGAAACGGAGCAGGAUCGAAAAACAAAUGGACAGAAUAAUAUACGUUCUAUUCAGUUUACUAGUGUUCAUUUCCUUCAUAAGCUCUGUCGGUUUCAUUGCAAAGACAAAAAGGGAUUUGCCCAAGUGGUGGUACUUACAGGUUCCGGAUGAAGACAGUUUAUACAAUCCAGGGAGGCCAUUGACAUCGGGUUUCUAUCAUUUAGUCACUGCUCUUAUAUUGUACGGUUAUUUAAUACCGAUAUCUUUAUACGUGUCGAUCGAGGUUGUAAAAGUUCUCCAAGCAUUAUUCAUAAACCGUGAUAUUCACAUGUACGAUGAAGAAACAGGAACUCCCGCUCAGGCGAGAACCUCGAACUUGAACGAGGAGUUGGGACAGGUGGACACAAUCUUGUCCGAUAAAACAGGCACUUUGACUUGCAACCAAAUGGACUUCCUCAAAUGCUCGAUCGCUGGCACACCGUAUGGGAUGCGUAGUAGUGAGGUGGAACUUGCUGCGGCGAAGCAAAUGGCGUUGGAUAUUGACGGGCAGAGCCAGGCGAGCACGCCUCAGUCGUGGAGGAAGAGCAGCGGGGCAUUUUCGGAAGUUGAAUUAGAGACUGUGAUUUCUUCGAAGGACGAACGGCCUGCUAUAAAGGGGUUUAGUUUUGAGGAUGUUCAUCUCAUGAAUGGGAAUUGGUUGAAGGAGCCGAAUGCGGAUAAUGUAUUGUUGUUUUUUAGGAUACUUUCGAUUUGCCACACGGCCAUACCGGAGGAAAAUGAGGAGACGGGGUCGUAUACUUACGAGGCGGAGUCGCCGGACGAGGGUGCUUUUCUUAUUGCUGCGAGAGAGUUCGGUUUUGAGUUCUGUAAGAGGACUCAGUCAAGUAUAUUUGUGAGAGAGAGAUAUCCUUCUUUUCAAGAACCUAUUGAAAGGGAGUACAAGGUUCUUAAUUUGUUGGAUUUCACUAGCAAAAGGAAGAGAAUGUCGGUUAUUGUUAGGGAUGAAAACGGCCAAAUUCUUCUCCUCUGCAAAGGAGCUGACAGCAUUAUAUUUGAUAGACUAGCGAGAAAUGGGAGAACGUACGAGGAAGCAACGACGAAGCAUUUGAAUGAAUACGGGGAGACUGGAUUGAGAACUUUGGCACUUGCUUACAAAAAACUAGACGAGGCUAAAUAUUCUGCAUGGAACGAAGAGUUUAUGAGAGCGAAAACCUCGAUUGGAGGUGAUAGAGAAGGAAUGCUCGAGCGGAUUUCUGAUAUGAUGGAAAAGGAUUUGAUACUUGUUGGGGCUACUGCUGUGGAGGACAAAUUACAGAACGGAGUGCCUCAGUGUAUAGAUAAACUAGCACAAGCUGGUUUAAAGAUAUGGGUUUUGACAGGCGACAAGAUGGAAACCGCAAUUAAUAUAGGAUAUGCGUGUAGUUUGCUUAGGCAGGGAAUGAAGCAUAUAUGUAUAACAACGAUGAACACCGAUGCAAUAGUCGAAGAUCCGAAUAAGGCUAUAAAGGAGAAUAUCUUAAUGCAAAUUACGAACGCGACCCAAAUGAUCAAAUUAGAGAAGGAUCCACAUGCUGCGUUUGCUUUGAUAAUUGACGGGAAAACGCUGACUUAUACUCUUGAAGACGAUAUGAAGCUCCAUUUCUUGAAUUUGGCAGUUGGUUGCGCUUCUGUUAUAUGCUGUCGCGUUUCGCCAAAACAGAAAGCUUUGGUAACGAGAUUAGUAAAAGAAGGAACUGGGAAAACCACAUUAGCAAUUGGUGAUGGUGCAAAUGAUGUUGGCAUGAUUCAAGAAGCUGAUAUUGGUGUCGGCAUUAGUGGAUGUGAAGGAAUGCAGGCUGUGAUGGCUAGUGACUUUGCGAUUGCACAGUUUCAGUUCUUGGAGAGGCUUUUGGUCGUACACGGACAUUGGUGUUACAAACGAAUCGCUCAGAUGAUAUGUUAUUUCUUCUACAAAAACAUUGCGUUUGGCCUUACAAUAUUCUAUUUCGAGGCUUUCGCGGGAUUUUCUGGGCAAUCGGUGUAUGUUGAUUGGUAUAUGCUGUUAUUCAAUGUCGUCCUUACUUCGUUGCCUGUAAUUUCGCUCGGAGUGUUUGAACAAGACGUCGAUUCUGAAGUGUGCUUGCAGUUUCCAGCAUUAUACCAACAAGGCCCGAAGAAUCUCUUCUUCGACUGGUACAGAAUAUUCGGUUGGAUGGGCAACGGCCUCUACACCUCCCUUAUAAUAUUCUUCCUCAACAUAAUCAUCUUCUACGACCAGGCCUUCCGCCCGGGUGGCCAAACCGCCGACAUGACCGCAGUCGGGACCACAAUGUUCACCUGCAUAAUCUGGGCGGUGAAUACCCAAAUCGCCCUCACCAUGAGCCACUUCACCUGGAUACAGCACCUCUUCGUCUGGGGCAGCGUCGUCUUCUGGUACCUCUUCCUCUUCGUGUACGGUGAGUUGACCUACGCACUCGACGUCAACGCCUUCAGGGUCCUGUCGGAGAUUCUGGGCCCCGCCCCUAUCUACUGGUCAACCACUCUGCUGGUCACGGUGGCGUGUAAUCUGCCGUAUCUCGCCCACAUCUCGUUCCAGCGGUCCUUCAAUCCGCUGGACCACCAUGUGAUUCAGGAGAUUAAGUACUAUAAGAAGGAUAUCGAGGAUAGGCAUAUGUGGAGAAACAAGAGGAGUAAGGCUAGGCAGAAGACCAAGAUCGGGUUUUCGGCUAGGGUCGAUGCCAAGAUUCGGCAGUUGAAGGGGAGAUUGCAGAAGAAGUACUCGUCGAUGAGUAGCAAUGGUGCGGUAGCACAACAAACAUGAUACUUUUUUUUGCAAUGUAGAGUUUUUUUUUUUUUUUUUUUUUUUUUUGGGUUUCGGGUUUUCGAUUUGGGAUAUUCUUGAUUCAUUCUUGGUGUAAUUUGUGGCUAGUGUAGCUAGGGGGGGAAUUUGUGAAGCUAUAAGAUGUAAGGCUUGUUUGUUUGUAUGUAAAAAAAGAAAUUGUAAAAUCAUCAUAUGAUAAAAAAAUUGUGAAGAGAGUAGGGUGUGCAUGUUUUGCCUUGUUUCAUUUUUCUUGUACUCUUAUGUUCUUUGAAUACUCAAAUUUGAAUAUCUGUGUUCAUAUGUAGAGUUGGAAGCUAAAUCAAAAACUAUUUGAUGUUC